AUGUUACAUCAAGCUGUCCUUGGACAUACAGUGAUAUUUACAGACAGUGAAAAUAUAAAUGCGAAAGGUUGGACUCCUCUUUUUGAAGCUUGUAGAACUGGAAAUAUUUUAGCAGUUAAAUUUCUUCUGGAAAAUCAUGAUAAUCCAAAUGCUACUAAUCAGCAUGGUGAAACAGCUCUUCACCUCAUUUGUUCACGGAAAUCUGCAACAACUCUUCAAAUAAUACAGUUAUUGUUAAAACAUAAUGCAGAUAUUAAUGCUGUGAACAAUAUAGGUUGGUCACCACUUUUUGUAGCUUGUAUCUCUGACAACAUUGCCGCAGUUAAAAGUCUUUUAGAAAAUCAUGCGAAUCCGAAUUUAACGGAUCAGGAUGGUGAAACACCUCUUCACCGUCUUUGUUUAUCGAAAUUUGAAAAAAAGCUCACAAUAAUGCAGUUAUUGUUAAAACAUAAUGCAGAUAUUAAUGCUGUGAACAAUAUAGGUUGGUCAUCACUUUUUGUAGCUUGUAUCUCUGAAAAUAUUGCAGCAGUGGAAAGUCUUUUAGAAAAUCAUGCGAACCCAAAUGUAAGGGAUCGGGAAGGUCAAACAGUUCUUCACUUUAUUUGUUCAUCGGAAUCUGAAACAACUCUCCAAAUAAUACAGUUAUUGCUGAAGCAUAAUGCAGAUAUAGAAGCUGUAGAUGCGAAAGGUUGGACGCCUCUCUCUGACGCUUGUUACAACGGAAAUGACAAAACAGUUAAAUUUCUUUUGGAAAAACAUGCUAAUCCAAAUGUAAGGGAUCGGGAAGGUCAAACAGCUCUUCAUUCUAUUUGUUCAUCGAAAUCUAAUUCAACUCGCCAAAUAAUACAGUUAUUGCUAAAACAUAAUGCAGAUAUUGAAGCUGUAGAUGCGAAAGGUUGGACUCCUCUUUUCGAAGCUUGUCGAACUGGAAAUAUUGAAGCAGCUAAAGUUCUUUUGGAAAAUCAUGCUAAUCCAAAUGCUUCUAAUCAGCGUGGUUACACAGUUCUGCACCUAUUUUGUUUACGGAAAUUUGAAACAACUCCCCAAGUAAUGCAGUUCUUGCUGAAGCAAAAUGCAGAUAUUGAAGCUGUAGAUGAGAACGGCCGGACACCUCUUUUUGUAGCUUGUAUUCGCGGAAAUGAUAAAGCAGUUAAAUGCCUUCUACGAUAUGGUGCUAAUGUUAAUAUUUCAGACAAAAAAAAUCAAUCUCUGCUUCAAUGUGCUGUUGAUAAGAUGUUAUCAACUUCCUCCGUAAAUUCGAAUAUUCAUACGAUAAUCCAAAUGCUAGUGUCACAUAUAAUUAAAUUAAAGACUGCUAGACACAAUGUAAGUGUAUGUGAGUUCAUAACUACUAAUGGAGUAAAAUAUUCUGCAAUAGACGGAUUAAAAUCCAAUACAGUUUUAAAUGAUUCAGAAGAUACACUCAAGUGUGAAGAGGAAAUUGAAAGAAUGAAGAUGGAAAGUGUUGGCAUUAAUAACAUGUUUUUAUAUGAUUUGUUAACACAUCACAUUCAUCUUCUCGGUAUAUUAAUGGAAAAUAAGAAAAUCCAAGAAAUUUUAAAACCAUCCAUUUAUGAUGAAAAGUUUCCAUUAUAUAUAGGUAUUAUAAGAUUCCGACUUCGAGAUGCACAAAUUCGAUAUAGACAAUAUAAACUAAAGAAAUCUGCUAGGGAAUACUUUAGUUCAAAUAUUAAUCAAGAACUUCCUCAUGAGUGUAUCGACAAAGUGUUGGAUUACUUGACCAUCGUAGAUCUGAAGACGUUUAUCCGAACUUUUGAGCCUCCGAGGGAAAGCACAACUUUUAAGCGUAUACUACGCUAUCUUCUGGACUUUGUACAAUUCAAAUAA